AUGGACGGAAGUGUGGUUGAAGGUAUUUCUACCUCUCUCCAGACCUGCCCUCCUGAUCCCCAGGCUUUCAUGCCCUUGGGAGAUCUCCCGAAUUCUCCAUCUUUUUCGCAUCUGCAUGUAAAUGAUCUGGGGCUUACACCUCCCCCUGGGUCCCCACUGCAGCAACCUACAGACGUUCUUCAGAAGUUUCCCCAGGGUGAGAAUCAUGGAUCGUCUGACGGAAAUCCGAUGAGGUCAAAAGAUGGCCUUGUCAUUCAAGAUGGUCUAGACCAGUCGAAAGGUAUUGUUCACGAUGGACUUGGUCAGAAGCAAGGGCAUUCGUUCGCAACCGGGGACACUGAUGGUUCCGGCCACGUCAACGAGAAAUCAUCGACCGCCAGUGACAUACCGUUCUCUAUAGCCGAGGCGAGCGCGAUCGCUACGCAAGACAUUUCUUCUGAGGCCGACCACAACGCGAUCGAUGUCAACACAGAAUUCUACGACAAUCUGUUUGAUUCCGAUUCUGUUCUCCGGGAACUGGACGCGGUCUUUGCGUCUCGGAAACGGUCUGGUGAGGACGCGUUUCCAGGGGAAUUCGAUUUUUGGGCCCAGCCGGUGAAGAAGCAAUCCGUUAGUCCGACCACGAAUGAACAAUGCACCACUCCCGAUGAAACCCCAUCCCUGUCGUCGACAGACUCAAUCGCUCGGCUUGAACAAGGAGAUAGUUACCCUCAUACUCCCGCCGGCACAGAAACAGCAAAAUCACCUGGCCCGUUUUUCGAAUCGCUGGAUACACUUUUCGAGGAUCCCAAUUUCGAUAUUCCGCUUGAGAACCCCGACAACUUCCCGUUUAACUUGGAAUCCCCUUCGUUUUUCGAUCAACCGGCCGAAGAGGUGCAACCGGCUACCCAGUCGACCAGUCACCCCAAUACCGACGACAACAUCCCAAAGCCUGCGGAGAAUGUGGACGUCGAACCCGGACCCGCUCAAGCGUGCCUCAGCGAUAUUACGAAAGAGCGGUUCUCGCUGGACCCUCAGGACAUCAUUGCCAAUACCAGCCGAGAGGUUCUACAACGGGUUUACAAGGAGCCGGAGUACUCGUCUCCCUAUCCGGCGUAUGGAGGUCCGCUAGGGUAUUUUCCGUCAGCGCCAAAUGCACACGUUCGCUGCAUCGAGGUUGCGGAUGACCGGGCCAAUUAUCGGCUCUCUAGCCUAAAGGACAAAGUCCAACACCUCACCUGGGAGCGUAACAAGUACCGGAACGCAUGGUAUGAAUGGACGACGCUCGACCAAAAGACGGGCAAAACGAAGGAGCAACUGCUCCGCGAGGAAAAUGCGACCCUCAAGCGCGUCUCCUCGCAACACCAGAACCGCGCCGAGCAGUACAAGAAGGAAAUCGUGGAGUGGAAGAACAAAAUGCGCGAACUCGGGAUCACGCACAACAAUCUCCUGUACGAGAUCAACGUCCGGCGCCAGAUGCCUGCGGUCACGCCGAUUCCCGCCGGAUACAAGCCUCCGACAACUCGGGGGCCACCGCCCGUUACACCGUCGGCAUCUGGACUCCUAAGCCUCGUGCCACAUGCCGCAUCGACACCUGACGCCUCCGCUGCCCGAGGACACCACCAACAAGCGCAGCCGUCUUGUGCCACGACCACCUUGGCCUCGCGCCCAGCACCUCGCGAGUCCAGACCGCCGCCGGUCACCAUUGAUCUCACGGAGGACACGACUGAGCAGUCACCCGCUCCACCGCCGGAACUCUCGCCGGAACAGCAGCGACGGCGCAUCGAGAUGCUCCAAUCCAUGCGCAACAAGAAAUAUGGCUGGCUCAACGAGACCGAUCCAGCUGGACACUCAGGCCUACAACGUCUCAACGGAGGGACACCACCUGCCUCGAUCACUCAUCGCGACCACCCGCCUCAUGCCGAGCCCGCAGGACCUGGAAACGGCGGUGACACCACAGAUGACGAGUUGGCGCGUGCAAUGGAGGAGGAAUUGGCACAAGCCUAA